ACGUCGAGGUCUGUUUUUAUAAUAAAUUUUUAAUUUUUACUGUCUCGUUUCGGAGUUAUUAAACUUUUGUUAAACCGAAUAAUAUUAAAUAUCUAAAUUGUUAUAUAAUCGAAGCUAAUAAGGUGGUGUGUUAUGCACAUCCCGAUGCCCCGCUUAUUGAGGAUUAUCGAGCGGGUGACAUGAUAUGUUCAGAAUGCGGCCUCGUUGUUGGCGACAGAGUUAUAGAUGUAGGUUCAGAAUGGCGUACCUUCAGCAAUGAGAAAUCUGGAGUCGAUCCAUCUCGUGUGGGAGGUCCGGAAAAUCCUUUGCUAUCAGGAGGGGAUCUCUCCACUAUCAUUGGUCCUGGAAGAGGCGAUGCUUCCUUUGACAGUUUUGGGGUAUCCAAAUAUCAAAACCGAAGAAAUAUAAGCAGCACAGACAGAGCGCUCAUAAAUGCGUUUAGAGAAAUAAACACUAUGGCUGAUAGAAUUAAUCUGCCUAAAACUAUAGUGGACAGAGCCAAUAAUUUGUUUAAACAGGUACACGAUGGAAAAAAUUUAAAAGGCAGAGCAAACGAUGCAAUAGCCUCAGCAUGUCUAUAUAUAGCUUGCCGGCAGGAAGGAGUGCCGAGAACAUUCAAAGAAAUCUGUGCGGUUAGUAAAAUUAGUAAGAAAGAAAUUGGAAGAUGUUUCAAACUGAUCCUUAAGGCUUUGGAGACGUCCGUGGACUUGAUAACAACAGCAGAUUUCAUGUCUCGGUUUUGUGCCAAUCUGGGUUUACCAAACUCAGUGCAACGAGCUGCAACACAUAUUGCAAGGAAAGCCGGGGAAUUGGACAUUGUGUCUGGAAGAAGUCCCAUAUCUGUGGCAGCCGCUGCCAUAUAUAUGGCUUCACAGGCAUCCGAGGAUAAGCGUAGUCAGAAAGAGAUUGGUGAUAUAGCCGGUGUAGCGGAUGUAACGAUCAGACAGUCAUACAAAUUGAUGUAUCCAUGUGCCGCCAAAUUGUUCCCCGAAGACUUCAAGUUCGCUACACCCAUUGAAUUCCUACCGCAAAUGUAAUAUAAUGAUCACUCCCUGGGUAUAUCGUUUGUAAGAAUAUAGUGUAUAUGAAGAUUGGAAUUCCACAUUAGAAUGCUUUCAUAUACAUCUAAUUUGUGUAUUUUUUUUUAUAUAAGUUUGCUACCGCUAAUAGAAGAAUUAUGAAGCAUGAUUGUACUGAAAUACUGAGGUAUGUUUAUUAUAAAGAACACUUAUGUUAAGACAAACAGCUUAAUUCCUAUAUAAAUAAGAGCUAUUUUUGUUUAAAACUGACUUCUGAAUAUAAGACUGUCUUGUGACUGAAGAUACAAAAGAUUGUUUAAAAUUUUUUAUUACUAAAGACAGAUUUUAUCUUUCUCUUUUUUUCUGAUACAAGCGAAAUAUUAUCUUUACUUAUUAAAAAGCCACAUGUGUCACUUUCUAAAUUCCAUACAGCUAAGAUUAAUAACUUUAUAAUGUUUCUAUGUGACGACUAAUCUGAUUUCAAGAUUAUCAAUAAGUAUUCCGUUUAGAAAUAAGCUUUAUAUACAUAGUUUUACAUUAACAAGAUGAUUUAGAUAAGUUAAUUUAACUGUUAAAUUUGUUCAUGGAGAAAUAACUAAACUUUUUUUCUUAACUUCGUUAUUUUAUGCUAAACAAUUUUCUAAUAAAAAUGUUUUCGUUUAAAAAAACUUUUGGAUCCUCAAUUUUUUCUAUGUAUUAAUAAAUAUUUUUUUUUUUGCUAAACAAGUAACUAUUUUAUUACAAAAAAUUACUCUUUGCUCCAUAUUAAUUGUACUUACAAUAUUUUAAACGCUUCCUUUGUUCAUAAAACAUGUAAUUAUGUAAUCGAAUUUAUUAACUUGAAAAGUGAGAUAAAUUUACAUUAAAAUUGUAAUUCUUUAAUAGACCUGAUCAAACGUCUGUUGUAAUGUAGAUUAUUUGAUAAUAAACAAGUUUAUGUGUUU